AGACCAGGCGGGGGAUCAGCUCGAAUAUAGUUAGAACAUUGGGUGAACAAGACAACGGAGACGGAACGAUGCGCAUUUACCACCUGAAUCUAUUAGUGCUAAGUGCCGGCCUACUGGUCCUGCUGGCAAAGUCGGGGACCAGCCCCCAGGCGGAUGAGGAUGUACAGCAACUGACUCUGGCGGAUGUAAAUCAGGCGGAGGAGCAGCAGGAGAUGCCGGCUGUUCGCCUGGCCAGGCAAUUUGGAUUCGGCCGUGGAGGAUUCGGCAGAGGACGCGGCGGAUUUGGCGGAAGGCGAGGCGGCGGUGGAUUCCGGAGACCCGGUUUCGGUGGCGGUGGAUUCGGUAGAUUCUACCCACCGCCACCGCCCUUCUUCGGCGGCCCCUUCUACGGCUAGGUGUUAUUAAUUUAAUGUGCAUAUAUGUGAUACGCACAGACCAGGAUUAGCUACUAAUAAAUCAACACGAGCUGCUGCUCUCAUUAUCCUACCAA